CAGCGCUGGGACUGCUUGGAAAUGCAUAUCCGAGCAGAAUCCACAAAAACACUGAACAGGUUCAAUGUUUUUGGAUUUCUGCUGUGUAAACAGAGCAGCAGAAUCCCAUUGAAAUCAAAGAGACUCUGCUGCUGCGGAAUGUCUAUGUGGAAUAUAAAUGCUGAAUUUCUGCCAUGUGAAGAUAGCCUUAUACUGACAGUAACAACUAUACUAACACACAGACUUAGAUACAGUGGUUCAACAGACACAUUGAAAAAUUAGAUACUGCAGCUGAGCAGGCAGUAUCACACAUGAUAAGCACAGCGGACAAUAUCAAGCUACAUAGUUUUUGGUACAGUGGCUAGUAUCACAUGAUAGGCUUAGAUACACAUGUCAGCAUAAAAGAAUCACACUUGAUAGUAUUUUAUACACAGCUCAGCAGAGAGUAUCACACAAUAGGUUUAGAUACUGUGGUUAAGCAGUCAGUCUCACACAAUAGGCUUAAAUACACAUCUUAGUAGAAAGUAUCACACAGGAUAGGCUUAGAUAUACAAUUAGUAGGCAGUUUUAGACAGAACAGGCUGAGAUACAGUGGUUUAGUAGACAGCAUCAGAGAAUAGGCUUAGAUACACAGCUCUGCGGGCAGUAUCACAGAUGACAGGUUUAGAUACAAAGCUGGGAUCCCUGAACGAUACAAGAGAUUAUAACACACUACAUAAGACUCAACAUAACUUCUAGUGACUCCUUAGCUCCGGGGUCGCAAGGCUUAUUGUGCGCAUGCUCAGCUCCGUUUGCCCACACUCGUUUAGGCUUCUUUGCCAAAACCGGAAGUGAACCCGGUGACUUCCUGUCAGUGACCUAGAGCUGCACAGCAGGCGGAGGAGGUGAUUGCGACGUAGAAGAGACCCCCCACAGUGUGCCAGUCUCCAGGAUGCUGCUGCUGCGUCUGGGUGGAAAGUGUUGGCCAUCAGCCCUGCAGCUUUGUAAGAUGGCCGCCCCAGUUUGCAGACAGAAGUCACAUGCAGUGAUUACUUGGAAGUCCUAUAUGACACAAUUCCCAGCGAUGGCCGCCCUCACUACCCUGCGGUGCCCACCUCCUCCUCUCAGCCGUGGAUUUCACUCCUCCUCCUCUUUGCACAAGAGAAGACGAAACGAACAAGAUGACGAGUUUAACCAGAUGCUGGAGAAUCACCGCCAGGAGCUGAAGAAGACGCCGCGGUCGGCCGUGUAUCUGAGCCUGGCCGGACUGGCCCCCAUGGUUGUGGCUCCUCUCACCAUGAGUAUUGGGGGUUAUUAUUACCCAGAAAUGGCAUAUCUCCAGAUCGCCACCGCCAGCUGCCUGCUGUCGUUUUAUGGUGGGAUCCGUUGGGGGAUUUCAGUUCCUGAAAACAGCCCAUGGGGACCCGACUCGCUGAACUUCCUGCUGGGUGCACUUCUUCCAUUUGUUGCAUGGACUGCAUUACUCACCUCAGAUGAUAUUUUGGUUUCAGCUCUUACCGUGAUCAGUGGGAUGGUCCUGGGGGUGUUUGGAGGGGUUGGGAUGCUCCAUCCUUUUCCUUUCUGGCUCAGUUUUCUCAGAGCGAUAUCUUUCUUGGUGACUUUGUGUUCCAUUGCGAUCACUUUGUAUCUUUCAGUUGUUUAUCCAGAAAAAUCAUUGAAAAAUCAAAGUCCCAAAUAAAAACUAUUUAUAGGAGGGAUCAUCAUGCUGAACAAUUAGCUCAGAUCAGCUGUGUCCAUGUUCUAAGGAUGACAUUUGUGGUGAUCUAAUGGUUAAGGUUGUGACACCAGAAAAAGCGUGUAGUGGUUAUAGAAUUUAUUAGUGACUGUAGUGGGUUGAUGAUGAGGGUAGUAGUCCCUGAUAUAUCACAUGACUUGAGAAUGUUCCUAGAUUGUGUUCUAUUUAAGUGAAUUAACUGACAAGGAUUUUUACAGGGUUGGACUGGGGUUAAUGUGCAGAAUUCCCCAACACUUCUAUGGGCUUUGCUGAGACACAACUCCUUUGGCGUAUCCAGAAGGAACUACCAGACUAAGCGCUUGCUAGUUGUCUUGUGCACUUUGGCUCCACAUUUGUUCCUAAAGGAAAUCUGUCAUCCCUGUCACCUGCACUAACCUGUCAGGUGACACUGAUUAUAACGGUACUUACCUUGUCCCAUUCCGUGCAGUCGUUCUCUGGUAAUCCUCUUCGGUAUCUUCA